AUGAUCAGCAGUCUCUGUAGAACCAGGAUCGGGCAAGCGUUUGAGAAAGCACCAACGCAGCUGAAGUCAAAGCUUUUGUGGUUCGUCGACAGGGAGUUUACCACCGCUACAGAUUGCUUGAUCAACACCCUCCGAAGAAUCGAGUUUGGGCCCGCGUUUGAGAAGAAUCAAGUUGGUGAAAACGGAGUUGACUUUGAAAUUAGUGUGCCAUGGAGGAAGAGAAUCUAG